GAGCUUCCUUCUUCCGGUUUGUAUGUUGUUGAAAAGAAAAGACGAAUGCCUGGAAGAAAAGAAAAAUACUCUACAAAUACGGAUAGUGAAAGAUGAGUUCUCAGCCAUUUUCUACAGCUGGAAUGCCUGCUCAGAGUAAUCCUGGUGGAAUGCCGAUCUCUAUCAAUCAGUCAUCCAACCAGCCAGCAGGACCAGGUGAGGACAGUAGUGUUGAUGUGGACCACCAUGGUCCCCAGGACCACCCAGCCAGCAGCAGGGGAGGAGAAGAAGCCCUGUCUUUCAGAGAAGACAAGCAGGAAACUGGAGUGGUCAGACCCUACCCCCAGGCUGCCCUGAAAUCGCUGGUGCCCAGUCGUCUCAUUGCCCCAGCUCCAGCCUCCAGCCAAGGCCAGGGGGGCCACAUCCCUCUCCCUCUGCCUCCCAAGUUGCAGCCUGCCCUGCUUGGCCACAUCACUGUCACCCUGGAGAGCCACAUUGCUCCCACCUCUUCCAUCCCUGUGGCAACCAUCAGUGGACAACAGGGCCACUCCAGUAAUCGGCAUCACCUCAUGCCAGCUAAUAUCCAGAUAAUUAGGGCUCCUUCUAUUCCUCAACACACAUUUACCUCUCACCUACCCAGAGGGGCGGUGGCUGCAGCAGUGAUGUCCAGCUGUAAAGGGCCUGCUGUUCUCAGACCAGCAUCAGGGGCCAGUGCAGGCCCUGUUCAGCACACUGUACAUCACAUCACCCACCAGUCUAUCCAGUCUCGUUCCCCUGUCACCAGCUCGACAACAGUGGCCCCCAUCUCAGCCACCCGGAACCAGUCCCCUGUCAUCAACCCAACGUUCACCCAGUCUGCAGAGGUGCUGAAUGGGCAUCCAGGGCUGACUAUCCAUCCUCCUCCGGCCACCAUCAGUAUUCAGCGUCCCCAGGGGGCCAGGGACACAGCCACACGCGUCACCCUGCCCUCCCACCCUGCUAUAGGGGGGCAGAAACCCCAGCCCCCCCACACCAUGACACAGAAAUCCAUCUUCUGUUCUGGCACUCCGGUUGCUGCAGCGACGGUGGCACCUAUUCUAACCACCACCAACACUGGCCCAGGCACCACCACUACAGGCACUACGCCACACACCCAAAAGACCAGCAGUACUAUCGUCACCAUGACGAUGCCCUCCCACUCCUCCCACGCCACAGCACUGACCACCUCUACCAUCCCAGUGGCUAAAGUUGUACCUCAGCCCAUAGCCCACACCUCCCCCCGUGUCCAAUCAGACUACCUUGGAGAGAGGACCAACCUGAUCCAGCCUAUAGCCCACACCUCCCCCCAUGUCCAAUCAGACUACCAGCCCAUAGCCCACACCUCCCCCCGUGUCCAAUCAGAUUACCCUGUAGAGAGGACCAACCUGAUCUCCAUCUCUGCCAACCGCUCCUCUCCUAACCCUGUCACCAUCGAGUCCAGGAGUGACAACAGGCCGUCUGUACCAGUGCACUUCCAGUACUUCCUGCCCACCUUUUCCUCUUCUCCGUACCCCCGGGGACACACCUAUACCCCCAUCACCAGCUCUGUGUCCACCAUCAGACAGUACCCAGUGACGCCCCAGACCCCUAGCUCUACUCUGCCCAGCCAGCCUGCCGUGGCCACUACUGUUCACCUCAACCCCAUGCAGCUGAUGGCCGUGGACAGGAUUGGUCUACAGUCUACACAAAUCAGCACUCAGGGAAUCCAGCCUCAACCAAUUGGAGCCCAGGGCAUCCAGCCUGCACCAAUGGGAGUGCAGGGGUUACAUAGCUCUGGUCCAAUCGGCACACAGGGGAUUCAGCAGGCACCAAUCGCAGGGCAGCAGCCUGAGGCCAAACCAUCUGGGAUGGUAUUGGCUGACGGCAGUACGUUUGUAGCUGGUCCUAUGGGCAGCCCGUUUGGCGCCACACAGCCCGUUGCUACCAUGGUACAGACACACCCCCAGGGUGGAGUUGGAGGCGGAGCGCCCACCUUGGUCUCCUCCCCUCGACCCAGCAUCCUACGCAAGAAGCCAGCCAAUGAGGGGUGUGUUGUUGGUAAGAAUCUCAUCCCGGCGGGGCCUGGUGAGGCUAACAGCGGCAGAGUGGAAGGAGGAGUGAGAGGAGCAGGGCCACCAAGACCUGCAGGAGUGAAGCCUAAAGCAGAGGUUCACAUGACCAUGGUGGCUCCUCCAGUCCUAGUCAUGGCUGCAGUGGAGGCUCUACCCUCCCAGGGAGGAGCGGAGAAGCAGGCGGUCUCCUCCCCAGCGCAGCAGCAUCUAUCCCAGGCUAUCCCCUCUAACCUGCUGCCCCCCCGUGGUCCUCCACCCCCAUCCCAGCCCAGCACCACUGCCCACCUCUCUGCCCUGCCGGCUGCCAUGGCCGUGACACUCCCUGGCCCCGCCUCAAGGGCCAAUACUGUCGCCUCCCCCACACAGCCCGCAGCCAGUAGCACGGCAGCAUGCAGCGGAGGUUCCGCCCACACAGAGAUCAAAAUCAAGCAAGAGGCGGAGUCUAUGGAGAUGUAUCAACCAGUGCCCCAGCCCUCGGCGAACUCAGGCCUCAGCACCCAGCCCCACCAUGCCAGGUCCCUUCACGGGGCCCCCUCCUCAGGGGACCUGAUUCCUGGUGCCUCCCCCAGGAAGAAGCCCCGCAAGCAGCAGCACGUCAUUUCCACAGAAGAGUCUGAGAUGGUGGAGACCAACAGUACAGAUGAGGACAGGGCUAUGGGCCACAGGCCCCUGGGCAGCAGGGCUAAGAGGAGAGAGUCCCCUCCCAGGGAGUAUGUGGAUGAGGAAGGGGUGCGUUACGUCCCUGUCAGGCCACGCCCACCUGUCACUCUGCUGCGUCACUAUAGGAACCCCUGGAAGGCAGCCUAUCACCACUUCCAGAGGUACAGCGACAUCCGGAUCAAAGAGGAGAAGGAGUCGUUACAGGACGUGGCUAACCAGAGGGGAGUAGCACGACGAGCUCAGGGAUGGAAGAUGCACCUGUGUGUCGCUCAGCUCAUGGAGCUGUCAAACCUGGAGCAUGAUGUAUAUAGCAGACUGACUUCCCUUCAGGAGGGGAUAAUCCCUAAGAAGAGGGCCGGGGUCGACGACGAACUGCACCGCAUUAACGAACUCAUACAGGGUAACAUGCAGCGCUGUAAGCUAGUGAUGGACCAGGUCACAGAGGCCCGGGACACUAUGAUGAAGGUUCUGGAUCACAGAGACAAGGUCCUGAAGCUGCUCAACCAGAACGGAGAUGUCAAAAAGUCUAACAAACUGAAACGUAAAGAUCGGGCCUAGCCUGGGCUUCCUGUUCCAUCGCCAACGUCAUGGAUCUGUUCGUUAAGAGCAUGCAAUGUUUUUUAAAAACGUUUUGCAACGGGAAGGAAAUGUAAAUGUUUUUCAGUGGACAAGUCAAGGGGGGGGUAGUCCCUCCCUGUUUGUGUUUGUUUGUUUGCUGCUUACGUGCCUAAUGAACACGACCCACCUCUACCCUGCUCUACGGGAGGACAGGGUGGAAGUGAUGCUGGGAGCUAGAGGUGGAACUGUUGGUACUAUGACAGCUACUCACCCACACCCUCUAUCUCUGUCUGAGCACUGAAGCUGGGUGGACAACAUAACUAGAACCCUCCUGUUGCUUAAGUCAGAACUCACUGUCUGGAAAGAAAUCCCUCUAGGAAUAUGUUCUCACUGAAGAAGACAACACUCUGUCUUCCGAAUGGCACCCUAUUCCCUAUAUAGUGCACUACUUUUGACCAGAGCCCUAUGGAACCCUAUUCCCUAUAUAGUGCACUACUUUUGACCAGAGCCCUAUGGAACCCUAUUCCCUAUAUAGUGCACUACUUUAGACUGGAGCCCUAUGGAACCCUAUUCCCUAUAUAGUGCACUACUUUUGACUAGAGCCCUAUGUGUCCUGAACAAAAGUAGUGCAAUAUAAAGGGAAUAGGAUGCCAUUUGGAAGACAACACUGCCUGAUGGCCCCUUCUUUUUUUUUAAACUUUUUACAGAGCUCAGGUCUAUCGGUUUUCCUAUUUUAGAGUUUAUUUUGGUAUCGUUUAGUUCAAGUUACUUCUUGUCAAAAAGCAGAGGUUGAAUGGAUUCUUAAGCACGUACAAAUUUCAAACAUGUUGUACGAAUUGGAAUUGGUAACAUUGUCAUAUGAAGGGGGAAAACAAGGCUGUAACACAUCGUAUGAAGGGGGAAAACAAGGCUGUAACACAUCGUAUGAAGGGGGAAAACAAGGCUGUAACACAUCGUAUGAAGGGGGAAAACAAGGCUGUAACACAUCGUAUGAAGGGGGAAAACAAGGCUGUAACACAUCGUAUGAAGGGGGAAAACAAGGCUGUAACACAUCGUAUGAAGGGGGAAAACAAGGCUGUAACACAUCGUAUGAAGGGGAUGACGUUGUUCAACAAUGUCUCGCUUUGGGGCCGUUACUUUCACAACUACUGGUAGAAAUAAAACCUUUAUGACGCAUCUUUAAUACGCCGUAUUUAUUUAGAACUUCCUGUUCUGUUUCCAUUUUCAGCAUUUAUAUUGUCUUGCCUGUGUAAUAAAUGAUGUGGUGCCAAAUGCCAA